AGCGGAAGAAGGACAAGGACCCGCCCCUGACGGCUGUCAAAUUUGCUUUAUUCUCUCAUUCCCCAAACAUCCUGCCUACUAUAUACAUUAUUAUUUUACUAUAUAUAUCUAUUAUCACCUUCACUUGGCGGCCUUGACAUGAGAAAGCCAGGCGCUUAUUAACUUAAGGCCUGUGUGAUUUCCGGUUAAUGUUUUUAGCAUAUAGCUAAUGUCGCUAACGCUCCAAAAAGCAAUAUUAGCUUUCAUAUACUUCUUCGUUGUCAGCGCACAAAGGUUGAGGUAAUAUAAGCCCUAUGGCGUACAGCGCAAGCAAAGAUUCACCGGAGGUGCCUGACUUUUCUCUGCUCAAAAGGCUGGCCAGAGAUCAGCUCAUCUACCUUCUCGAACAGCUUCCAGGAAAGAAGGACCUUUUUAUUGAGGCAGACUUGAUGAGCCCCCUGGAUCGUAUCAGCAACGUUUCCAUUUUAAAGCAACACGACGUUGACAAACUUUACAAAGUAGAAUAUAAGCCUAUUUUUAGCACGUCGGAUCAGCUCUGUUUUCUGAUACGACCAAGAAUACAAACUGUGAAGUGGAUUUGCGAUGUGAUCAAUGCUGAUAAAGCAGCUGGAAAAUGUAGAAGAUACAAAGUUAUAUUUACCCCACAGAAGUUUUAUGCAUGUGAGACGGUUUUUGAAGAGCAGGGCGUUUACGGAGACGUGACAAUGGAUGAAUGGGCCUUCUACCUGCUUCCUCUGGACAAUGACGUUAUUAGUUUGGAGCUCCCAGAAUUUUUUCAGGACAACUUUGUGGCUGGUGACCAGCGUUGGGUGAGGACAGCUGGCAGUGCUCUACACCUCCUUCACUCCAUUUAUGGACCGCUUUCAAAGGUUUACGGAAUAGGAAAGUGUUCAAAGAUGGUGUACGAGUCAUGGAGACAGCAAGUUGAAGAAGGAGACCAAAAAGCACAGAACAGUGAAAUAGGAACUGUUUUCCUGAUUGACAGAGAUGUUGACCUUAUCACGCCCUUGUGCUCACAAGUGGUUUACGAAGGACUUGUGGAUGAUAUAUUCAGAAUCAAAUGUGGUUGUGUGGAUUUUGGAAGUGAUGGUUCCUCCGACAAAAGCGUCAAAGUCAUGUUGAACGCUGAGGAUAAGGUCUUCAAUGAAAUUAGAAAUGAGCAUUUCUCUAAUGUCUUCAGCUUUCUCAGUCAGAAAGCCAGGAAUCUCCAGAGAGCAUAUGAUAAGCGUCAAGGGAUGGACAUACAGCAGAUGAAGACCUUUGUGUCAGAGGAACUUAAAGGACUGAAACAAGAACAUCGUCUCCUGAGUCUGCACAUCAGUGCAAGUGAAUCAAUAAUGAAGAAGAAAACAAAACAGGAUUUCCAGGAGCUGUUGAAGUAUGAGCACUCUUUACUCGAAGGGUUUGAUAUUCGUGAAUGCAUUUCUUUCAUCGAGGAGCACAUCAACAGCCAAGUUUCCAUGAUAGAAAGUCUCAGGCUUCUUUGUCUUCUGUCUUUAACGGAAAAUGGGCUCCUGCAAAAGGACUACCGGUCAUUAAAAACACAAUAUUUACAGAGCUAUGGCAUGGAGCACCUGCUCACGUUCGCCACCCUCAAGCAGAUGGGUUUGCUUGUGGAGCAACAGCAGGGUGAAACACUGACUGUAAUGGAGAACCAAGUGGGCAAACUGGUCAACAAUAAAACUGCAGGGAAGCUGACAGAUGCGUUUUCCUCUCUGGCAAAGAAAAGCCAUUUCAGGGCCCUGAGCAGAAAACUCAACUUGGUGCCAAAGUCAGAUGAAGAAUAUGACCUGCGAGUUCCACGAGACAUGGCGUACAUCUUUAGUGGUGCAUAUGUCCCACUCAGCUGCAAACUCAUUGAACAGGUCUUAGAGCGGGACGGUUGGACUGGGCUUGAAGAAGUUGUCCGCUUGCUAAAUGGGAAUGAGUUUGUAGUCACAGGCAACAACGGCGCCACAAAAGAGGCACAACGCGUCAUCCUUGUCAUGUUCCUGGGAGGUUGCACGUUCUCCGAGAUUUCAGCUUUACGGUUCCUUGGUAAAGAAAGAGGAUAUAGAUUUAUCGUGGUCACGACUGCAAUUACAAACAGUUCAAGAAUGUUGGAGGCCUUGCUUGUCGACCAUGUAUGAAGACGUCUGUCAGUUCAUCUUGAGGGACAUCACAAACAUUCCUGCUGCUUGUCGUCAGCUGCCAGCUGUAUCUCAAACAGAAUACUUCCUUCAGUACACUUUAAUAAGUAUACUAUGGACAUGUGCAGUGGUAUACCUCAACUUAGAAGUACCAAAACUUACAAGUAUUUUAAAGCAUGAGCUGCCUCUGGACUUUUUGUUAUGCUUUAAAUUGUGAGUAUAAAUUUAAGUAACAAGUGUGUUUGUUUUUCAACCUUUCCCCAUCCACCAGAACGGAAAGUGUGUUUUUUUUAGUUAUUACUUACGAGCUCAGUUGUGGAACAAAUAGAGCUUGUAAGUUCGGUUCCUGACAGUGUUCUGCUAUCCUAAAUUAGUUGCUGUCAUUGCGCACUCAUUUAAAAUAACAAUUCUAAUGUUAAAAUUGUUCUUGUUCCCCUAUUUUUUAAUUAUGAAUUGCAACCCUUUGAGUUAUUCCCACUAUGUGAUGAUCGGGGAUGGUAAGUGUCAUCAUUUUGGGCCUGCUUCAUGCAACAUUAAGGUACGACGGCUGCACCACUGCUUCUCAAGUGUACUAUGGAAUUGCGCCAAUUGAGCAGCCUUAGUUUUAAACUAUGACAGUAUGCAUAAAAAUGUUAACUUGGCAGGAAUGUAUGGGGAAAAAAAGGUGCAAAUGAUGUGCAAUGUUAAUAAAUGGUUUAGUUACA